UUGACCUCUCCUUGGCCGAAGGACAGGCACCCCAGCUGAGCGAGGUCACUGCAGCGGAGGAGGGUCUGCUGCCUCCUUCGUCUUGGCUGCCAACCUCCUGCGGCGGCCUUCACCGGAGCUGGAGGGAGAGUGAGAGCCAACUUCCAGACUGACCAUCGCGUCAGGAGCCAAGGGAAACCUCAGAGCAGAGCACCAAGUUCAACCCAAAACAGGGCACCCAGAUGUCUCUGCCCAAGCCCGCGGGUCCAGGAGGGCCCCAGCAGCCUGGGGGUGCAGGCUGCACCAGCACAGGCGAGGGAGGUUUUGUGGAAGGUCGUGGUGGCAGGCUCAGAGGUCUAAGAUGGGCCCGGGGACGGGGAUGAGCGGGAGAGGAGUGUUUUGGUUCGGGGCGGGCGCGGGGACGCAGGGUCCUGGAGCCAGCUGGCCCGCCCCCACUCGGCCGAGGGCCUCGGCCUGGCCGCUAGUCAGACGGCGCUAGGGCCCCGCGGAAGGCCCGGGAGGGCGGGGGCCGGCGGCGGGAGCGGCGCGGCGCGGAGCUGCCUCCAUCCAUGGCACGGAGCGGCGGCAGCGGCGGCGGCAGCAGAAGCCCGGCGCGAUCCGCUAGGUCCCAGCCCAGCGCCCAGCAAGCAGGCGACGCGGAGGGGCCGGGCCUCCACCGGGCCGAGGGCCGGGCGCUGAGACUCGGGCCGCGCCGCCGGGGGCCGCCCGCGCUGAGCUGACAGCUGCGCCAGCGUCCUCCCCGCCGGGGCGCUCGCCGGAGAUGCCCCCGGGGCGCGGCGGUGGGGACCCCCGGGCUCGCCUCCGCCCAGGGCCCCCCGCCCGGUCCUCGGGCGCCCCGGCUCCCCGCUAAGCACGCCUCCCGCACGCCUGGGUCCCUCCGGCCGGCGCGCAGCCCGGCCCCAGCGCUGUGGGUCCCCGCGGGGAGAUGGGUUGAUGGGCGCCGGGGGACGCAGGAUGCGGGGGGCGCCCGCGCGCCUGCUGCUGCCGCUGCUGCCGUGGCUCCUCCUGCUCCUGGCGCCCGAGGCUCGGGGCGCGCCCGGCUGCCCGCUCCACAUCCGCAGCUGCAAGUGCUCGGGGGAGCGGCCCAAGGGGCUGAGCGGCGGCGCCCCCGGCCCGGCACGCAGGAGGGUGGUGUGUGGUGGCGGAGACCUCCCGGAGCCUCCCGAGCCUGGCCUUCUGCCUAACGGCACCGUUACCCUGCUCUUGAGCAACAACAAGAUCACGGUGCUCCGCAACGGCUCCUUCUUGGGACUGUCGCUGCUGGAGAAGCUGGACUUGAGGAACAAUGUCAUCAGUACAGUGCAGCCCGGCGCCUUCCUGGGCCUGGGGGAGCUGAAGCGCUUAGAUCUCUCCAACAAUCGGAUUGGCUGUCUCUCCUCGGAGACCUUCCAGGGCCUCCCCAGGCUUCUCCGACUAAACAUAUCUGGAAACAUCUUCUCCAGUCUGCAACCUGGGGUCUUUGAUGAGCUGCCAGCCCUUAAGGUUGUGGACUUGGGCACCGAGUUUCUGACCUGCGACUGCCACCUGCGCUGGCUGCUGCCCUGGGCCCGAAACCGCUCCCUGCAGCUGUCGGAGCACACCCUCUGUGCCUACCCCAGCGCCCUGCACGCCCAGGCUCUGGGCAGCCUCCAGGAAGCCCAACUCUGCUGUGAGGGGGCUCUGGAGCUGCAUACACACCACCUCAUCCCAUCCCUGCGCCAAGUGGUGUUCCAGGGGGACCGGCUGCCCUUCCAGUGCUCUGCCAGCUACCUGGGUAAUGACACCCACAUCCACUGGUACCACAACCACGCCCCUGUGGAGGGUGAUGAGCAGGCGGGCAUCCUCCUGGCCGAGAGCCUCAUCCACGACUGCACCUUCAUCACCAGUGAGCUGACGCUGUCUCACAUUGGCCUGUGGGCCUCAGGCGAGUGGGAGUGCUCCGUGUCCAUGGCCCAGGGCAACGCCAGCAAGAAGGUGGAGAUUGUGGUGUUGGAGACCUCUGCUUCCUACUGCCCUGCCGAGCGCGUUGCCAACAACCGCGGGGACUUCAGGUGGCCCAGAACUCUGGCUGGCAUCACAGCCUACCAGUCCUGCCUGCAGUAUCCCUUCACCUCAGUGCCCCUGAGUGGGGGCACCCCAGGCACCCGAGCCUCCCGCCGGUGUGACCGCGCCGGCCACUGGGAGCCAGGGGACUACUCCCACUGUCUCUACACCAACGACAUCACCAGGGUGCUGUACACCUUCGUGCUGAUGCCCAUCAACGCCUCUAAUGCACUGACCCUGGCUCACCAGCUGCGCGUGUACACAGCUGAGGCCGCCAGCUUUUCAGACAUGAUGGAUGUGGUCUAUGUGGCUCAGAUGAUCCAGAAAUUUUUGGGUUAUGUCGACCAGAUCAAAGAGCUGGUGGAGGUAAUGGUGGAUAUGGCCAGCAACCUGAUGCUCGUGGACGAACACCUGCUGUGGCUGGCCCAGCGCGAGGACAAGGCCUGCAGCCGCAUCGUGGGUGCCCUGGAGCGAAUUGGGGGGGCUGCCCUCAGCCCCCAUGCCCAGCACAUCUCAGUGAAUGCAAGGAAUGUGGCAUUGGAGGCCUACCUCAUCAAACCGCACAGCUACGUGGGCCUGACCUGCACAGCCUUCCAGAGGAGGGAGGGAGGGAUGCUGGGCACACAGCCAGGAAACGCUGGCCAGAACACCCCACCUGAGCCCGAGCCCCCAGCUGACCAGCAGCUCCGCUUCCGCUGCACCACCGGGAGGCCCAACAUUUCUCUGUCGUCCUUCCACAUCAAGAACAGCGUGGCCCUGGCCUCCAUCCAGCUGCCCCCAAGUCUGUUCUCAUCCCUUCCGGCUGCCCUGGCUCCCCCGGUGCCCCCAGACUGCACCCUCCAACUGCUCGUCUUCCGAAAUGGCCGCCUCUUCCGCAGCCACGGCAAUACCUCCCGUCCUGGAGCUGCUGGGCCUGGCAAGAGGCGUGGCGUGGCCACCCCCGUCAUCUUUGCAGGAACCAGUGGCUGUGGUGUGGGAAACCUGACGGAGCCAGUGGCAGUUUCGCUGCGGCACUGGGCUGAGGGAGCCGAACCUGUGGCCGCUUGGUGGAGCCAGGAGGGGCCCGGGGGGUCUGGGGGCUGGACUUCCGAGGGCUGCCACCUCCGCUCCAGCCAGCCCAAUGUCAGCGCCCUGCACUGCCAGCACUUGGGCAACGUGGCUGUGCUCAUGGAACUGAGCACCUUCCCCAGGGAGGUGGGGGGCAUGGGGGCGGGGCUGCAUCCCGUGGUAUACCCGUGCACGGCCCUGCUGCUGCUCUGCCUUUUCGCCACCAUCAUCACCUACAUCCUCAACCACAGCUCCAUCUAUGUGUCCCGGAAGAGCUGGCACAUGCUGCUGAACCUGUGCUUCCACAUGGCCAUGACCUCCGCCGUCUUUGCAGGGGGCAUCACACUCACCAACUACCAGAUGGUCUGCCAGGCAGUGGGCAUCACCCUGCACUACUCCUCCCUGUCCACGCUGCUCUGGAUGGGCGUGAAGGCACGAGUGCUCCACAAGGAGCUCACCUGGAAGGCACCCCCUCCGCAAGAAGGGGACCCUGCCCUGCCCACUCGUCCUAUGCUCCGGUUCUAUUUGAUUGCUGGAGGGAUUCCACUCAUCAUCUGUGGCAUCACAGCUGCCGUCAACAUCCACAACUACCGGGACCACACCCCCUACUGCUGGCUGGUGUGGCGUCCAAGCCUCGGUGCCUUCUACAUCCCGGUGGCUUUGAUUCUGCUCAUCACCUGGAUCUAUUUCCUGUGUACAGGGCUGCGCUUACGGGGCCCUCUGGCACAGAGCCCCAAGACAGGCAACAGCAGAGCCUCCUUGGAGGCAGGGGAGGAGCUGAGGGGCUCCACCAGGCUCAGGGGCAGCGGCCCCCUCCCAAGUGACUCAGGUUCCCUUCUGGCUACUGGGAGCACGCGGGUGGGGACGCCCGGGCCCCCGGAGGAUGGUGACAGCCUCUAUUCUCCAGGAGUCCAGCUAGGGGCGCUGGUGACCACGCACUUCCUGUACCUGGCCAUGUGGGCCUGCGGGGCUCUGGCCGUGUCCCAGCGCUGGCUGCCCAGGGUGGUGUGCAGCUGCCUGUACGGGGUGGCAGCCUCUGCCCUGGGCCUCUUUGUCUUCACCCACCACUGUGCCAGGCGGAGGGACGUGAGAGCAUCCUGGCGCGCCUGCUGCCCCUCUGCCUCGCCCUCGGCCCCCCAUGCCCCACCCCGGGCCCUGCCCGCCACCGCAGAGGACGGUUCCCCGGUGUUCGGGGAGGGGCCGCCCUCCCUCAAGUCCUCCCCGAGCGGCAGCAGCGGCCACGCGCUGGCUCUGGGCCCCUGCAAGCUCACCAACCUGCAGCUGGCCCAGAGUCAGGUGUGUGAGCCAGGGGUGGUGGCCCGCGGGGAAGGAGAGCUGGAGCAUGGGCCCCGGGGGAGCCUCGCCCCCCGCCACCACAACAACAUGCACCACGGGCGUCGGGCGCACAAGAGCCGAGCCAAGGGGCACCGUGCUGGGGAGGCCGGCGGAAAGAACCGGCUCAAGGCCCUGCGCGGGGGCGCGGCGGGGGCGCCCGAGGUGCUGUCCAGCGAGAGUGGCAGCCUGCACAACAGCCCCACCGACAGCUACCCCGGCAGCAGCCGCAACAGUCCGGGCGCCGGCCUGCAGCUGGAGGGCGAGCCCAUGCUCACGCCGUCCGAGGGCAGUGACACCAGCGCCGCACCGCUCCCCGAGGCAGGCCGGCUGGGCCAGCACCGCAGCGCCAGCCGCGACAGCCUCAAGGGCAGCGGCGUGCCGGAGAAGGAAAGCAAGCGCCGCUCGUACCCGCUCAAUGCAGCCAGCCUGAACGGCGCCCAAGGGGGCAAGUACGAUGACGUCACCGUGACGGGCGCGGAGUCCGCAGGUGGCUGCAUGAAGACCGGACUCUGGAAGAGCGAGACAACGGUCUAGGGUUGGGGGCGCGACGCGGUAGACGGGCUGGCCACGCGCCUCGUUCCCCCGCUUCUCGGGGUCCUCCAAGGCGUCUCGGUAGUCAGCCGGUUGGAGGCGGAGGAUCCGAUAGGCAGAUGUUCCCCGCUUGCCUAGAGGGCACCCCUCUGGGGUAGCGACAGACAAUCCCAGAAACAUGCGUAACACAUUUCUGUCCAGCCCGGGACAGUCUGGACAGUUGGUGCCCUGCCAGGAAGGGGGAAAGCCUCCGUCUGUGGGGUCACCCACAAGAAUGAAGGCACAGCACAGCCCAGGUGGGCCCUCCCCAAGUACUCCCACCCCCCCCCCCAGUCCCAGCAGCCUCACUGGGGCCAGCUGCCUCACCAGGGAAGCAGAGGUGAGAGUGUGGGAACUGUGCUCUUUCUUCCCUGCCCUCUCCUGAAGUCAGCCCAGCCCCUGCCUAGAUCCUAGGCCCCUUUUCCUCCCGGGUUUGGCUGGCAGGAGAGCCAGCCCAGCACAUGAAGCAGGUGAAGUGAAAUCACAAAGGUGCUGCUUUUCAGAUCAACUAUGCUAGAGGGGAGGAUGGGGCCCUGUGAAAAGCAGCUCUAGAGAUCAACCAGUCCCGGGUGAGCGGAGUGGGAACCCACACAACUAGGAACAAAGCCACCAUUCCCACAGAGGUGGUACUUAAACCAGACAGCAGGGCUCAGAGGUGGCACACUGGGACAAAGCCAAGGCCCUGCACCUCAACAGCUGACUGCCAGGUGCCCGCAGGUACUGAGCGGAGUAGAGGAGGCUGGCAGGUGGAACUGGGGCAGAAUCUACUCAGGCCCUGAAGCUAGUCCUGUAAAUAAUGGCACCCCCAUAAAGCUGCAGGUGGUGUUUGGAGAAGCUUACUUCUCAGUUAAAAUAUCCAUGGCCCCAGUCUCAGCCUUACACCAAGGGACUUAGAGCACUUCCUUGCCUCCAUGAGGCCAGAUGGAAGAACUAUCCCAAUCAUUUGAUCUCCAGCUCCAUAGCAGAGAAACCUACAAAAUGUCAAACCAGCUUCCCAACUCCCAGGAGCCCAAGCCUACCCCAGAGGCAGUGGCUGGGGUCCCUGCAGACCAGGAGGGGCCUAUGCCUUUACUACUUUUAAACACCAGCACCCAUCUUUUCCCCAACCUAAAACCACCCACCAGCAUCUUACUACAUGAUCAAAUGGAAACUGAGGGAACCCUGGGUCUUGGGGAGAGCAAGAAAUCCACAUCUGGCCUAGAUUUCCUCCCAGUCCUUGUAUCACCCUGACCUGAUCACCAAGGUGACAGAGGACACAGGAGGGGAAAAACCCACACACACUCCUUGGGAUGGGUCCUGUUAUUUAUGCUUGCUGCACAGACAUAUUAGGAGAAAAAAAGCUUUGUAUUAUUCUUCCACAUAUGCUGGCUGCUGUUUACAUACCCUGCCAAUGCCUUAGCACUGGAGAGCUUUUUGCAAUACGCUGGGGAAAAGGGAGGGAGGGAAUGAAAGUGCCAAAGAAAACAUGUUUUUAAGAGCUCGGGUUUUAUACAAUAGAAUGUUUUCUAGCAGAUGCCUCUUGUUUUAAUAUAUUAAAAUUUUGCAAAGCCCUUUGA